GGCCUGUGUCAGCCUGCCGAGCGAGGCCCACGUCACUGGUUGCUGCCGUUAUCUCCUCAUCUGGCUAAGGGGCUUGGCUGUGAGCACGGGGACAGUCCUUGCCAUGGGACCCAGCAGAUGCAUCUGGGAAGGUUGGACCUUGGAGAGUGAGGCCCUGAUGCGCAGGUUGGGUGUCUGGCUCCUGGUCUGCACCUGGGUCGGCGUGGGAGUCUCGGUGCCAGAGGACGGAGAAGGGCUCAGGGCUGGAACUCUCACCUGCCUCACCAACAACAUCCUCAGGAUUGAUUGCCACUGGUCUGCUCCAGAGCUGGGCCGGGGCCCCAGCCCCUGGCUCCUCUUCACCAGCAACCAGGCACCAGACACCAAGCACAGGUGUGUUUUCUGGGCCAGGACGUGCACUGUGGUGCUGCCACAAGAUGAGGUGAUUACGCCUUUUGACAACUUCACCAUCACGUUGCACCGUCACGUCUCCGGGAAGGAGCAGGUCAGCCUGGUGGACCCCCAGUACCUGCCCCGGAGACAUGUGAAGCUGGACCCUCCGUCUGACCUGCAAAGCAAUGUCAGCUCUGACGCCUGCGUCCUGUCCUGGAGUGUCGGUCCUGCCUUGGAGCCGCUGGCCUCGCUGCUCAGCUAUGAGCUGGCUUUCAAGAGGCAGGACCAGGCUUGGGAGCAGGCCCGGCACAAGGAUCACAUCGCUGGGGUGACCUGGCUCCUCCUUGAAGCUGUCGAGUUGGACCCUGGUUCCAUCUAUGAGGCCAGGCUGCGUGUCCAGAUGGCCACCCUAGACGAUGUCUUCAUGGAGGAGGAACGCUACGAGGGCCAGUGGAGCGAAUGGAGCCAGUCCGUGAGCUGCCCCUCCCCCCAGAGACCAGGCGCCCUGACCCCACCCUUGGGGCACCCCAACAGCACCCUAGUCGCUGUGUCCACCUUCCUCCUGCUGAGCUGCCUGACCUACCUCCUGUUCAAGCUGUUGCCCAGGGUGAAGAGAACCUUCUACCAGCAUGUGCCCUCUCCGGUGGCCUUUUUCCAGCCUCUCUACAGUGUGCACAAUGGGAACUUCCAGGCCUGGACAGGGGCCCACACAGCUGGGGUGCAGCUGAGCCAGGAAUGUGUCGGCGCCCCACAAGUAGCUUCGAAGGCCAGUGUCCGGGAGGCCAUCGCGUUGCUUACCUAUGACUCGGCGGACGCCUGGCCACCUGUGGCCCUAGAAAAGGAGGAGGAGGGCACUGGUACUGGCCUCCCGACGGAUGUGUUGCCAGCAGACCUGGAGUGGGGAGGGCCGCCACCUGCCUAUCUGCCACAGGAGGAGUGGGGCCCUGCGAGCUCCGCCAGGCUAGCUGCCCUGCAGUCAGAGGGCAGUAGCAGCGACUACUGCGCCCUGGGCUACUAUGGGGGGUGCCAGCCCUUGACUUUCCCAGGAAACACGCUGAGCUCUGGGCCCAUUCUGGCCUUCGCCUGCGGCCCAUUCUGCAACGAGCAGAGCCUGGACGCCUGGCAAGGAGGUAGCUGUGUGAGAGCUGGUCACAGUCAGAGGCAAGACCCUGGUGACCAGGCGGCAUGAGGACCUUGGGGGUGCUUUCCUCCCCCCUGCCCUUUGGCAGACAGUGGGCUCGGUCCUGAAAGUUCUAGAGCCCUGACUCAGCCAGCUGCAUCACGUCCAUUGUGGGGAAAACGGACUAAAGUCUCAGGAGCUGACCCUUGACCGGGACUGGCCCUUGUGUGGAAGGCCGCCUGUGCAGCGGUCACCUGUCCUGUCCGGAUGGAAGCAAGAGACCCCUCUUCCCUUCUCUCCACUUAGUACCUGUGGGGUGGGGCCUCUGCCCUCAGCACCCCGCCAACAACCGCACCCCCAGUUCCCUCCCUGCUUUCUGGCUUGACCCCAGGCCCCUCUGACAAGAGGGCUAUUGGCCCCACAGCCUGUUCUGCCCUCACGCCCUUAAAGGGCCAGCCUGGGCCCCGGGGACACAGGUGAGAUGUCGCGACUAGGCUGAGUGUCAUCGUUGCCUUCCUGGGGUAUCUUUCCUAGUGAGAUUAAAAGGCAUAAAGUGGCUGUUCCAAAUUGCUAAUGGAUGGGAGAAGGGCCCAGAGGAUGUGUGAGGGUGAGGGGUCUGGCUCUUCCUGGGCUUUCUGGGCUCCCGUGGAGACUCAGUGACCAGCUCCAGCGAGGCCAGCCCCUGCCCCUCCUUGUCCUCCUCCUCCCGUGGACCCCAGGCAGCUGAGAGCUGUGGCCAGAGUUACCAGAUAGUCAAGCUGGAAAUGACCAGCCAGCAGUGGCUUUGGCCUGUGAAGGGCCCUGCCUCCACCUCUCCCCUGUGGUCUGAAGAGAGAGUGAUGGGCAGAGCAGAGGGUGCCUGUAUCAGUCUCCUGGGGCUGCCAUAACCAGGUGCCACAAACGAGAGGGCUGAGAGCAGCAGAAAUCUGUUGUCUCACGGUUCUGGAGGCUGGAAGUCUGACAUCUAGCAGGGCCAGGAAGGUGCUGGGGGAAUCUGUUUCAGGGCUGUCUCCAGCUUCUGGUAGUUCCUUGGCUUAGAACAACAUAGCUCCAAUCCCCACACGGCGUUUUCUCUGUGGGGGAGUCUCUGUCCAAAUUGCCCCUUUUUAUAGCAACACAAUCAUUGUGGAUUGGGGUUCAUUUGAAUGACUUCAUCUUGUCUUGGUCAUCUAAAAAGACCCUGUUUCCAUAUAAGUUCACAUUCACAGGGACUAGGGGGUCAGGACUUCAACAUAGGAAUUUUUGUUUUGUUAAUUUUUUUAUUGGGGAACAGUGUA